AUGGCUGAUCAUGUUGAUAACAAUGAAAAACCUCCACUGCCAUUUCAAACACCAAUGCAACAUCAAAUGGGACUCAUUUACACUCGGAAAAUUCUGGAAAUGUUUGAGAAGGAAGACUUCAGAAGUCUUUUAUGCUUGUUCGAACUUGUAGAGCAAGAUGAGACGCACUGCAGAUACAAAGUGAGCCGGGUAUUCUGUGUAGCAUUCUUAAGAAUGAAGCAGGUUGAGCACUUGCCAGACAAGUACAUAUUGAAACGAUGGCUUCAAAGUGCGAAAAACGAUGUAAUAUAA